AUCGCACCUCGGUGCAGCGGCGCAAUUCUCUGGGUUACACUGGCCCUGGCCUACUUGGAGCGCACCGAGUGAGCCGCCCAGCGCGCGCCACCAGCGCUGCGCCGUCGCAGCGCGCGCCCACCACUCAGGGGAAGCAGUAGCACCAAGAAGCAACCAUGAGCCCCAGCCGCAUCCUCCUCCUCCUCACGCUCAUGUUAGUUGGGUUGGUCACAUUAUUCCAGCAGAUCGGCGUGCUCUUCGGCACGUCUUGUUUAUUCUCCCUGGUGCUGGUGGUGGUCUUCCUCACGAGCGAAGGUAGUCCCUUGUUGUUCGCGCAAGAGGCAGAGAACCGCUUCUGGACCGUCGUCGCGACGUUACUCUCUUCAGUGGUCUUCUUCGCCGAGGACUCGCCCUUGAGGAUUGGCCAUAAAUCGCCUCUGAUGGGCGCCAUAGCCGUCGCGGUAUUUACGUGCUGGAUCAGCUGGUACGACCGCUGGCUGCGGCGGCGACGCUUGGUGCGCGCGCCGCACUUCGCCAAGCCGUCAUCUACGGAAAAUUUGAGGACGCUCGCCGCCGAUCCCGCGGAGCUCGACGCGAGUAUCGAGGCGCUCGCGAAGGUCGACGAGGCCGUCGCGCGCCUCGACCACUACUUCAUCCCGUCCACCAUUACGAGACUGUGGAGAAGGAGAGAGACGGCGCGCGUCGAGCGGUUCAUCAUCGAGACCCUACAAGACUGCGGGGCCGACGAUUUGAACAUGAUAUUGAGAAGGGUCAAGCUCGGUUUACUAGUCUACAAGUUGAAGGAUUCGGAGCCGAUGAAGUCCUGGGCCGACUACGCGGCGUCUUUUCUGUUUUCUCCCUCUACCAAGGGUGCUCGGACGGAGCUCGUUGAUUUGCUAGCAGUUCAGAGGGUAGCUGAUCUGAACGUUCGGAGUCGCGUGGUACUCUUAGAUGCGUUACAACAGAUGCCUCUAUCAGCCUGUCCACGACGAGGCGAGUUGUGGGUGCGCAACGUCAUGCUCUGGACCAGAGGUGAUGAGCUCACGGAAUUGAAAACGUUAUGCGACCUAAAGGGCGAUGUUCAUAGUUUGCACAAGCUCGUGUAUCAGGACAUCCGCGAGUCUUCCAUAAGAACGGAUAUCCUGAAGCACGUCCAGCGGGAGGCGUCCGUGCAAUCAGCGCAUCGGUUGCUGCGGACUCGUAAAAGUGCUCGAUCUAACAGAGGUUCUAGAAAAGUGUUAUCUGACCUGGACGACACGUUACUGUGUAGUGGUGGCCACUAUCCCGCUGGACUAGAUAAGCGAUGGCCUCGGAAAGCCAUCUACCCCGGAGUAUUAGCUUUCUAUAGAGAGCUCGACCUCGGCACCGACGAAGGGGAUUUUAGAAGCAGACUGGGCAAUCUCGUGUUUCUGAGCGCGCGACCCCAUGUUUUCUCGGACCUCGCCGAACGUUCCUCCUACGCCAAGUUCGCCCACCUCCUCCAGGCGAAGCGGCUCCACACGAUGCCUACUUUACUUACCGGAGAUUUGAAGACUGGCGGCGAGAUGAUGCUCCGGGGGGACAUGGAGCCGCUCGCCCAAAAGAAGGCCCAGAAUUUCCUGGAAUUCCAGGCCCUGUAUCCCGAAUUUGAUUUUAUCUUUGUCGGCGACAACGGGCAGGGCGACGCGCGGGCGGCGGAAUUGAUGGCUGCCGCUUCCUCACCCAGAGGUGGUCGUUUAGAAAGGGCUUAUAUACAUGUAGUGCAGCCCAUCGACCGCACGCAUCGCGGUAGGCACCACUCGGACCCGGAAAGUGCGCGAGAAGCUUGGGACAAGGCGGGAGUGGUUUUUGUGGAGACUUUUGUCGAUGCGGCGCUGGAUGCUUGUAGUCGCAAGUUCAUCUCGCCACUUGGGCUGCGGCGGGUCGGCGUCGCGGCGAAGAAGGAUUUUGAAGUGAUACAGUGGUCUCCCGACGACCGACGGAAGGACAUGCGGCGCCAGGAGCUCGACGACGCUCUACGACGGUUGAAUCGGGCGCUAGUUGUGGACUACGGCUUGGACGCCGUGCCGCUCUGCGAGGCCUGUGCCCCACUCUCAGUGAGGAAGAAGAAGAGCGGGUCGGUACAAGUCGAGGGCACGAUCGAGCCGGGCCGAGCUGUUAGUACUCCAAUCGGUCCCGGUAUUGUACUGUCAUCAAGGACGUCCAAGGACAUUGGAUUAGUGUACGAAGUAGCCUUGGAUGAAUGGCGGCUCUGCGACCGCAACCCGGCUCGAGCUUAUAUACCAUCGUCCCAAAUCGUGUAUGAACAGUCGCGCCGGAAAGCGCUGGAGGCCUUCCGGUCGUCGAAGCAGGAGCCGGCGCCUACAAGUGCUUCGGACGCCGACUGGAUGGCCCUGUCCGAGGUUCGUAGGCGGACGGACUCGGCCGGGAGUCUCGGCGAGGCGGCGGGGCGGGCGCAGUAGUAAGGGAG